UUCUCUCUUUUUGUUCUGCCCUGUUUUUUAUUUGUUUUUACCAUUUAAAAUCGAAAAGGACACUUUCGGCGUGGCGUGCGCAGCAUAAAGGACCUUCCCCUCUCAUCGUCUUCCCCUCAGGGCUCGGUCCCUUCGAUCCGCUCGACAAUGCCUGCGCAGGACCGCCGGGACUUCCCCUGCGCCGCCUCCGUCCUCUUUCCCUCCCUCCCCAACCUCCGCCGCGAUCAGGUUCACGCGAUCGACGACCACAUGGACCAACAUGCCCUUCUGCUCCGCCUCCACGGCUGCGUGGCCGAGUACUUGCGAGACCUCUCCGUGGCAGACGCGGACGGAUUCCUUUCGCUCUCCUGGGUCUGCAAGCUCCUUCACGGGUUCCUCAUUUGCCACGAGGAGUUCCGCGCCGUCCUCUUCGAUCGCGUGCCGCUCGUUGUCCGCCCGCCCCUCGAUCGCUUCAUCGCCGACUUCUCCGACCGCGCCGUCAAGGCCCUCGACAUCUGCAACGCCGCUCGAGACGGCAUAGACCACCUGCGGCGUUGCCGUGCCCACGUCGAGAUCGUGGUCGCCGCGCUCAGCCCUGCCUCCUCCUCCCGGCAGAGACUCGGCGAGGGACAGGUUCGGCGCGCCCGAAAGGCGCUUGGUGAACUCGAGGUCAUGCUCGACGACAAGGACUGUGGUCACCCCUACCGAAACCGCUCCUUCGGCUACAGUGCUGGCGCCGGCUCGUUCUUUUCAUCCAAUAGCAACCGCCGCAUCUUGCAGUUGCGCUCGAUUUCCUCUUCCGCGUCUCGUUCCUGGUCGGCAUCGAGGCAACUGCAGGCAAUGGGGAGCAAUGUGGUCGCACCUCGCGAUCACGAGAUCGACAGCACCGCCGGGCUCGCGGUGCCCAUAUACACGAUGAGCGCGGUGCUUCUGUUCGCGAUGCGCUCUCUUGUGGCCGCGUUACGCUGCCAGGACCGCGGCGCCCUCCAGGCCCAAAUUUUCAUCCCUCGGGCCUUCCCUUGGGCGGCGCCCAUCAUGUCUCUUCACCAACGGGUCGCGGAGGAGUCGAAGAAGAAGGAGCACCGCAGGAACUCGACCGGGCUUCUGAAAGAGCUUCGACAAAUCCAUAGCUGCACACACAAUCUGAUUUCCACAAUCGACAACAUCCAGUUUCCAAUGUCGGAGGAGGAGGAGAAAGAGCUGAGGCAAGGAGCACUGGAGCUGUCUCGAGUAUGCGAGGUCUUGAAGCAAGGACUCGACACAUUGGAGCGCCAGAUCAUGGAGAUAUUCCUUCGGAUUGGGCGUAGUCGCACCGAGGCUCUCGAUCUGUCGUCCCGUAGUUUGCGAUGAGGCCGUGCUUUGUUUUGACAGCGAACGGAAACCAAUGGCUGAAGACUCAGGCCAAUUGGUUCUUCAAUUCAUCGGACGGCACCAGCUGCAGGUAGCACUUCCGUAUUCACCGUGGUGUUUCACAGACAUUUCUUGAUGAUUGAGAUUAUCUGCUCUGAGGGAAAGCAGCAUCCUCUUUCAUCAAGACGCGUGCACGACAAACUUCGGCAAUGGAAUAGGCUCAAAGUACCCUAGUGAAAUAACUCCUAGAAGUUGAUUAGGGUAUAGUACCUGGUUGUGCUCUUGUGGCGGCUGCCGAGAAGAGCGGGAAGCUGGCGAGAGAGAGGAUUACAAAAGGGCAAUGCUAGAUCGAGGACGAGUCAUGAUGAAUAAAAGGGCCCCUCCCAAGUGGCACCGCAUGAUUGGUGAGCGGAGGGGUUUUGUAGCUCAUCCCGAAAGGGGGCGAGGAAGGGACGGCUGACAGUAAUCCGUACGGACUAAAAGAUUUACAAUGUUCUGUGCUUGAAAAAGAAAUCGGAGAAAGAGUUCUUGGCUGAAGUGCAAUCACGGAUAAAUAGGAAAUUUCUUUGAGGUUUUACAAGCUAAAUCUAUCAUUGAUAUGGAUAUAUGACACAGGGAUAAUUAAAUGGAGAUGGGAGUUCAU